CUGAGUACCAAGUCAAGUGACUGUCUCCGUGGCUCACCAUCAUAGAGACAGCAUGCACAUGUUCCAAAGACAGAGCUCCUGCGGGAAGGACAGAGGGACCUUUGUAUACAGUUUUAGUGAAAAGUUCCAUGUUUUACAGGAUUAUAGGAGAGCACUUCAAAGAAAGGAUAUAAAGUUUGUAAUAACUAACUCCAUUUCUCAGGCAAAGUCAUAUGCAGGUACAGAAGGACUAACGUCAAGUUGCAAGCCACACUGCAUGGAGAGAGGAACCUAGACUCUAAUCUAGAUUUAUUAGGUGAUGUGGAGUUUUCUUCUCUGCAUUUGAAGCUCAGGCAAAGGCUGAGCCUAUUCACUGCUGCCCAGAUACUGACAGAAGAGGGUGACCAAUCCCAGAGCCGUGCCUGGCAUGGCUGAAUCUUCUUCUCUGUCCUAAGUGUAUGACACCUCCUUAUCAAAUGUCAGGUGAUCUUUUUGGAAGGAAGGUGUGUAAAAAGAAGACAAAUUCAGAUUCAACAGGAUUUUGUAAAACCCUGAGUGAUGACCAGAAGAAGACCUAUCCAGCCCAGUUACUUUGCCCACACCCAUCGGGAUGUCCACAUAGACCAGAACGCAAGUAAACAGCAUGGAUUACCUUAGCAGGCCUCCCUAGCUCAGCAGUCUCCGUCCAGACUCCUUCUCACUCCCUCACCCUCAGCCUGUGUUAUGUAACCUUCAGACGGGAGUUUGGAGACUUUCUACUGCCUGUCUGCUAGCAGAUAGAGCUCAGCCAGAGGCUGGCAGGGGUAUAAUCUAAUAGGCACAACUGGAAACAAAUCCCCAGCCUCCUGUCUGAGCCCAGAGACUGUACAGACAAGGGGACAGACACCGGCCCCGCCCCUCCUCCUCUGUUCUGGCCUGAGUUUGCGCUGACUUCACUGAACAGGCACCCGACCCUCCCAGAUGAGGUGGGAGGGGCCUGAGCACACAGCCAUGGUAGGGUGGAGGUACAGGCACUAACAAUAUUUAAGAUGCUGCCUUGGUGGGGCAUUUAGACCCGGGAAGGAAAGUGUUCCAGUACCCACUGAGUUCCACUUCAGAAACUCUAGCUUUGAGAAAGGCUAAGAAAGCUCAGAGGAAGGAGACCACCAGGAAGGAAGAAAACUGCCCGUGUUAUAAGUCACAAGCUUCCCUCAGUUUCAUAGACCUCCAUCAGGUACAGACUCUAGAGGAAGACUCCCCCAACAGGCCCACAGACAUGCUGAGGAAGACCUGGUUAUGCAUUAUCCUUGUGGCCUUUGUCAGCCACCCAGUGUGGCUGCAGAAGCCUCCUAAGCGCAAGACACCUGCACAGCUCAAAGCAGCGGUGUGCUGUGAGGAGAUGAGGGAGCUCAAAGCCCAGGUUGCCAACCUCAGCAGUCUGCUGGGUGAGCUGAGCAAGAAGCAGGAGAGCGACUGGGUCAGUGUGGUGAUGCAGGUGAUGGAGCUGGAGAGCAGCAGCAAGCGCAUGGAGUCACGGCUCACGGUGGCCGAGGGCAAGUACUCGGAGAUGAACAACCAGAUCGACAUCAUGCAGCUACAGGCAGCCCAGACCGUCACUCAGACCUCAGCAGAUGCCAUCUAUGACUGCUAUUCUCUCUACCAGAAGAACUACCGAAUCUCUGGAGUGUACAAGCUUCCUCCCGAUGAGUUCCUGGGCAGCCCUGAGCUGGAGGUGUUCUGUGACAUGGAAACUGCAGGCGGAGGCUGGACCAUCAUCCAGAGACGCAAGAGUGGCCUUGUCUCCUUCUACCAAGACUGGAGACAGUACAAGCAGGGCUUUGGCAGCAUCCGAGGGGACUUCUGGCUAGGGAAUGAGCACAUCCACCGGCUCACCAGGCAGCCAACACGGCUCCGUGUGGAGCUGGAGGACUGGGAGGGCAAUGCACGCUACGCAGAGUACAGCCACUUUGCACUGGGUAAUGAACUGAACAGCUACCGCCUCUUCCUGGGGAACUACAGUGGCACCGUGGGGAAGGAUGCCCUCCUCUACCAUAACAACACGGUCUUCAGCACCAAGGACAAGGACAAUGACAACUGCUUGGACAAGUGUGCAGAGCUCCGCAAAGGUGGCUACUGGUACAACUGCUGCACAGACUCCAACCUCAAUGGGGUGUACUACCGCAUGGGGGAGCACAAGAAGCACAUGGAUGGCAUCAGUUGGUAUGGCUGGCACGGAGCCAACUACUCCCUCAAACGGGUGGAGAUGAAGAUCCGUCCAGAAGUCUUCAAGCCUAACUAAGAAGCCUGCUGCAAUGCAGAGCUAUGGAAGUGAGACGUGUGGAAGGCUGAGGGGGCAGAGCAGGAUGGGAGGAGAGUGAGAAAGGGCAGGAAGGGAAUGGUCUAUCAUCUACAAUGAAAAGCCACUCUCUAAGGAGCAGGACAGAACUCUAUCUGUGAGCACAUGCACACACAACAGAACAACACAUACCAACAGCACUCACUAGCAAAUAAAUGGCAACAGCCAGUACACCCAGUGGGGCCUGCCUUGGGUGCCCGGGGGAGGACUGCGUGGGCCCCGAGAGCAGCAGCUCAUCUUCCACAUGACUUACCUGUGGGAACCAGUAAUCCUGGCUCACUUUACCCAUUUUCUCUAACAGAGGCUUAGACAAAAUGAGGGAAAGAGCAGAUGAAAAGAACUGUUGUGAUUCUCAGAGGAGAGCCCUUGGGCAGCAAGAGUGGAUGAUGAAGAGGAGGCUUCCUCUUCUUAAAUCCCAGGACAUUUCCUGUGUCUAUAGGAUUUGUUUUGUUUUUCUUUUUGAAAGAGGGUCUCUCUACAUAGCUCUGGCUGACCUGGACUCAUUAUGUAGUGGCUGGCCUUGAACUCACAGAGAUCUACCUGCUUCUGCUUCCCAAGUGCUGGGAUUAAAGGCCUGCGCCUCCAUGACAGGCACAUAGGCUUUUUAAGAGACAAAAAUGUGGGGGCUGAAGACCAGCUGCCCAGGUUGGACUUGCUUCUGUUAGGUCCUGGGUCAGGGAGCGCACUGCAAGGCACGCUGUGGGUCUGAUGUGGAAGGGAAGACCAGUGGGAGGUGAGUCUCAGAGUGAUCACAGUACAGCCUUACAACAUUCUCAGUCAACAUACGCAUCCAUUUAUAUUCAUUCUGUAAGAAAUGGACUGAAGAGAUCCCCUUUAUAAUACUGUCUAUAAGGAAAAUGUCUGGAAAAUGAAGGUAGAUGGCGCUGUGGUUACAAACUUAGGCUGUAUAUAAGAAGUAUCUUGCUUUGUAAAAAUAAAAUAUUGUAGUUUCUGUUUUAAA